AUGUUGUCGUUACGUCUUCCACAGCUUAGCAAGCGUUUCUUGGCUACUGCUUCCAAGGGCUUCACUAACAAAACCUCACAGUUAGAUCGGGCCACUUUGACCAUCAAAAACGGUCCUGUGUUCAACGGUUAUUCUUUUGGUGCCGACAAAAAUGUCAGUGGUGAGGCUGUUUUCACCACCUCUUUGGUAGGAUACCCUGAGUCCAUGACUGAUCCCUCUUACAAGGGACAGAUCUUGUGCUUCACUCAACCAUUGAUCGGUAACUACGGUGUGCCUUCUUCUACUAAGAAGGACGAGUUCAACUUGUUGAAGUACAUGGAGAGCCCAACCGUGCAAUGUAUUGGUAUUGUUGUCGCUGACGCUGCAUUGGAGUACUCCCACUGGACUGCUGUCGAGUCUUUGCAACAAUGGUGUCAAAGAUCCGGAGUUGCUGCCAUAUCCGGAGUUGACACCAGACAGUUGGUCUCAUACCUCAGAGACAAGGGUUCUUCUUUGGCCAAGAUCACCAUUGGUGAGGAAUACGAUGCUGAUGAGGAUGCUGCCUUCGAAGAUCCUGGCUCCGUCAACUUGGUCCACAAGGUAACCACCAAGGCUCCUUUCCACAUCGCAUGUCCUCCAGAGCACUCCAAGGGUAUCCAUAUUGCCGUGUUGGACUGUGGAGCCAAGGAAAACAUCUUGAGAUGUUUGGUUGAAAGAGGUGCCUCUUUGACCGUCUUCCCAUACAACUAUCCUAUUCACAAGAUAGCCAACAAGUUCGAUGGUUUGUUCAUCUCCAACGGUCCUGGAGACCCAACCCACUGUUCUGCAACCACCGAAAACUUGAAGGCCACCAUGGACCAACACCACGAGUUGCCAAUCUUUGGUAUCUGUUUGGGUCACCAGUUGUUGGCCUUGGCCAGUGGAGGAAAGACCGUCAAGAUGAAGUACGGUAACAGAGCCCACAACAUCCCAGCCCUUGACUUGAAAUCAGGUAAGUGCCACAUCACAUCCCAGAACCACGGAUACGCCGUGGAUGAGACCAGUUUGAACAGUGACUGGGAGCCAUUUUUCACCAACUUGAAUGACUUGAGUAACGAAGGUAUGAUCCACAAGCACAAGCCUAUUUUCUCUACACAAUUCCAUCCUGAGGCCAAGGGUGGCCCAUUGGAUACCGCCUUCUUGUUUGACAAGUUCUUCAAGAACAUCGAAGUGUACAAGGCCACCAAUGGGUUGAACUUGGGUGCCAUCGACAACAGUUUGUUGGUUGAUAUCUUGCCCAAGGAGAGAGUGAUUUAG